UUGAUAUUUUUUGCAGUCUUAACACAUUUGAAUUUCCCCUUUCAAUAUAUAAAGACUUUUCCCUUUCAGCAGGAUAAAUGGAACCCUCAUCAUGAAGUUGUUUUUAAGUCUUCUUGUGGUUUCAACACUAUCUCAAUGGGUUUUGACUCUGGUUCCCCCCACCAAAGAUCCGCAGACAGCUGUGGCUGAGCUAGUCGAGGGGAAACCCUGGAUCUUCUCAGGGGAGAACAUCCGUCUCACAUGCAGUAUUCCUGGAGAUUUGUCAGAUUGGAGGCACCAGUGGUUCAGGGGUGAUAAAUUCAUCCAGGAAUCUAAGGAUUUGGUCAUAUGGAAGGCUAUGCCACAGCAGAGUGGGAAGUACUACUGCCAGGGCAUAAGAAAAACAUGGAUAUAUCAACAACGCACCCCUCAAAGCCUGCCAGUAGAAAUAAAGGUAGACGGUGGUUGGGCCAUCCUGCGGGCGCCUUCCCUGCCAAUGCUGGUUGGAGAGACAAUGACACUGUCUUGCGAUGUUCGUGACAACCCUAGACUGACAGAGGUCAUACUCUACCACAACGGGGUGGAGAUUCAGAGGCAGUCAGACCCAAAGCUGCGUGUUACCAACCUUACCCUGAGGCACCCGGGGUCCUAUUGGUGCAGAGCAACCUGGCAUAAGCAGAUGGCAACCCACUCUGUGAUCUCAUUGGCUACUACAGUGUCUGUCCUAGAUAUUCUGACAGAGCCCUUUUUAGAGAUUGUGCCCCAAGACCCUCUGAUCCCUAAGGAACAUAUGCUCCUGGUGUGUCACGUUCAGCUGAAUGCCCGCGAAAAGGAUCUGAUGAUCAACUACAACUUUUACCAGGAUGGGCUGAAGCUUGGACCAGCCUCCUCCAAUGAUAGAUUUCCAGUACUAAGGGCCUCAGGCCUGUACUCGUGCACAGCCAGCGUUCCUAUUUUGGAGCUGAAGAGAGAAAGUGAGCCUGUCGCUUAUAAGCGAGUGAACUGAUAAAUGCUUUUGAUGAAUAUUAAGGAAGAGUAAAAUUUAACUGAUGGCUCAGAAUCACAGUUCUUUGUCAAGCACAGGUCUCCGUUUCACUCUAUAAAGACCUCCACAGAUCCACACACCACCCCUAUGCAGUCAACUGAACUCACAUCCAUUUCUCGUUGAUAAAAGACCCUGAGCUCACAACAGUCCUUUGAUGGCCUGCUCAGCCUCCAUCCCAACCGAACCAAUGAUAGUUUUGAACAAUACCAGAGCCAUCAGUCAGUUUCAGGAUUAUAUGUGACUAUCUUACUUCCAUCCCCAGUCCGUACCCUUUCAUAUGCCUCCGGAAGGGAAUUGUAUAAAAUAUCUAAUGUUGUAAAUGAAUUACAAAUUACUUAAAUUUGCAUUUCUAGUGACUGGUUGUUAAAGCAAUGCUUUUGAGGCAAAAUUGGACCCAGAAAAUUGGUUACUAAAUCACGUAUGUGCUGAUAUGUGCCCCAUGUGAUUAAAAUCACACACUUUCAAACUUGGUAUUACAUGACUGAGGUAUGAUAAUGUCUACUUCUAGGUUAUACAUAUCUAAACAACAUGUCACACAUCCAGCCCAAAAUGGGAGGUUUUAUAUUUGCGGUGUUAAGUCCUAGACUGCAUCUUUAACUGAAACAUUGUUUGUAAAGUUCUGAAUUAAACAAUUAAGUGUAUUUGUAUUGUCCCUUAUAAGGUCAGUGGAUAUAUCCAGUCAAGAUAAAACAUGAAGUUCAUCAUUUUAUUUCAGAUGUGUACAAACUUCCUUCAAAAUGUCUCAUAAUAAAGCAAUACAGUGUACUGAAUCAUUUAA